UGUAUCCGAUCAGCCGAUGUAAAAUGGCGCACAUGAUAAGAUCCAAAUUCUUGUUGCUGUCACUGAAUUACGCUAAUCGCGUCGCGUCGCGUUUCUCCGCGCCCCUAAAAUUUCAACGAUUAUGUUUCCACACCAGCGGGAUUCUCGAUGUGAAAGGAAAGGAGUUGUUAAUGCCUUCUUUGUCACCCACUAUGGAAACUGGCACCAUAGUGAAAUGGUUGAAGAAGGAAGGUGACAAAAUUGAACCUGGUGAUGCUAUUGCGGAUAUUCAGACUGACAAAGCCAUUGUCACAAUGGAAGUGGAUGACGAGGGUGUAUUGGCAAAAAUACUUAUAUCUGAAGGAACCAAAGAUAUUAAAGUAGGAACUCUGAUAGCUCUCACUGUUGAGGCUGACGAGGAUUGGAAAACAGUGGAGAUGCCAGACACCUCAGCUGAGACUUCUGCGGCAGCUCCAGCUGCUGCCGAACCUGAUGCACCUGCUGCAGCAGCUGAACCACCACCUGGCCAACAGAACAUUGCUAUGCCUGCUCUCUCACCGACGAUGACAACAGGCACGAUCGUACAAUGGUUGAAGAAGGAAGGUGACGAAAUACAACCGGGCGAUGCCUUAGCGGAUAUACAAACAGAUAAGGCCGUUAUGACUUUUGAGUUGGAAGACGAGGGCGUACUCGCAAAAAUUCUUCUUCCAGCGGGUUCUCAAGUAGAAGUGGGACAGUUGAUAGCGAUUAUAGUUGAGAAAGGGAUGGACUGGAAGAAUGUUGUUGUCCCGGCAACGACUAAACCGGCAGCAGCAGCUGCACCUGCGACACCGAGUCCACCCUCUCAACCUGCUCAACCGACGGACGCAAAACCACCACCUAGUGGACAGGUGUACGGUUUAGCAGUGAAAAGAUUGCUGGAAGAAUAUGGUUUGAGUUCCGGUUCGAUCAAGGGCACCGGGCGUACAAAUCGCUUAUUGAAGAGCGACGUUAUUGCGUAUAUUCAGACGAACAAUAUCCAAAAAGUCGCUCCUAAAACCGCGCCGCCUCCGGAAAGUGAUACGGCACAUCCUCCCCGUCCAGAGACGCAUGUUCCGAGUGGCAAACCGUCUCCUUACGAAGAUAUCGAAAUAUCCAACAUACGCGCGGUCAUCGCCAAACGACUCGGGGAAGCAAAAAGCAAUAUACCGCAUUCGUACGCAGCUAUAGAUAUAAAAAUCGACAAGCUGCUCGAGCUCCGCAGCAAACUAAAGACGGAGAAUAUAAACGUGUCCCUGAAUGAUUUUAUUAUUAAGGCCGUAGCUCACGCGCUUCUCGAGUGCCCCGAUGUAAAUACGUUGUAUCAAAAGGGACAAAUUAUUCGAGUGCCAAAAGUGGAUGUGUCUGUAGCGGUCGCAACGCCAACGGGCCUUAUUACUCCAAUUGUGUUCGAUACUGUCACCAAGAGUCUAACAGACAUAUCGAAAAACGCUCGAGAAUUAGCUGAGAAAGCGAGAAAGGGACAGCUCAAACCGCAAGAGUUUCAAGGAGGAACGUUCACAAUUUCGAAUCUGGGAAUGUUCAGCAUCAAGGAAUUUUGCGCCAUUAUAAAUCCUCCUCAAACUGCUGUUCUCGCUGUGGGCGCGGGUCGCGAAGAGCUGGACUCUUCGUUAAUAAAGAUGACAAAAAUGACAGUAAAGCUAUCGUACGACAGACGGGCAAUAGACGAGGAUCAAGCAGCUGACUUCUUGGCUGUUGUUAGAGAUAUGUUGGAAGAUCCAGCUUUCUUGGCAGCCGGUAGGAUGCAAGCACUGAGGUAUAAACGCGAUGCGUAUUAAUUAUUUUUAACGAGAUUCCGAUCAUUGUUUAUUGCAUAAAUAGUUCGUUUUCUUAUUUGAAAUAAGAAAACUUAAUAUUAUUUUCAUGUAAACAAUGAUUAGCGUGCUGUUAAAAAAAAAUGUGAACAAAAUAGAAGUUUAAUAUUGACAAACUUUUAUAAUUGCUACGAACACGAGUGGUCAUUAGCAGUCACCUUUCCGUGCCAUACAGGCUGCGUUCAAGGAGCGCGCUAUUAGCGCUAUUGCAUUAUUCUGUGUUAUCUAAACAGCAAUAGAGUGAUGAAAUAGCGCGCUCUCUCUCCGAACGCAGCCAUAGAAAAAAAAUAUCGUUAAAUAUUGAACAAAAAAUUGAUGAUCUGAAAGCAUUUCGAAUAAUGCCAUUCGUUACUUUUGAACAUAAACUUAGACCAAAGGAAGUAUAAUUUUAUGUGUCCAUACUGCCGGAAAAAUACCUAGAACACUUAAUAGUAUGAAUAUAGCUUCAUAUUUAUCAUGUUAAUUUAUUAAUAACGCAAACACAGUUAAAUACUUUUAUUUAAAUAUUGGCCUGUAUAAUCAACAUUGCAAUUUUGAUAAUGUGUCUCAAAACACAUUCUUCUUAUUUAACUUUAAUGAAUUAAAAAUUAAUAUUAUACAAAUUUAAAAUUAUAACAUCACAAAUUGUUUCUAAACAACACAGAGAACAUUUACAUUUUUUGUAAAUAAUUAGGACGUUUGUAUCUUUGUAAGUUCUCUUGCUUUUUGUAAAUAUCUAAAACUUAUUGUUUCUAUUAAUAUACAUGUGUACCAUAUAAAAAUGAUAUAUAUUUCAUUUUCCGAACGUCAAGGUUGUAGAAUAUAAAUUGUGUUUGUACCGCAACACAAUAUUACACGUAUUAAAAGAUAGAAAUUAUUUCCAUUCAUGGUAUUUAGAAAACUGAGAUAUAAGUUUAAUUAAAAAAAACACAACACUGUUCUUGUACAUAAUAGGAAACUUUCAAUAAGAUUAUUGAAUGGGGUGAUGUAAUUCACGAAUACAUCUGUACAAAUAAAAUAUUUAUUGCCUAUACAACAUACGUAAUGUUUUUACUGUUGUGCCAAUAAAAUGCAAAGUAGAACUAUGUUACAGUUUUUUGAAAUCACUUUAAUUUUUCUUUGAUUAUCGAAGAAAAAUUGCACAAUAUCUUUUUUUUUUGAACGCACAAAUCGGCACAUAUGUCAUACAAAAUGAUUUGAUUGUUGCUGAUCUCGUAUUUUUACCAAAAUCCUUUUUUUUUUUUUUUUUUUUUUGUGAUCGUUGAUAGCAAUAUUUUUGUCAGUCAUUAUAUAGUUAGAGACAUACCUAUUUAGUCGAUAAGGCACAUGAAUGUUAGAUUAUUUUAUAACGUGUUACUGGAAUUUUAUGUUUUCGUUAAUUUUACUUUUUUAUUAUUUUUACGUAGAACUAAACACAUCUUACAAAAAUCGAUAAAAUGGAAAUAACACAAUAGUUAUUUAUUUUUUUCUUUUUUUAUUCAAAAAUCGCGCGCAAAUAAUCGCAAUACUGUUUGGAUUCAUACUGCAUGCGCAUUUAAACACAUAACGCUAUCUUGUUAUCUGUAUUUACACUGUUUGUAUAGACAGAUAACAAUUGUUUAUAUUACUGUUGCAUUUUAAUAUUCUCGAUACACGAUAAUGGUAUAAUAUAACAUAUUCGACACACAAAUAGAGCACAUUAAAGUAUAGAGCACAUUAAAGUAUAGAAAAUAAUAGAGUAUAACUUAACUUUCACUUAUCACAGUCGUGAUUAUGACUUGAUGUUACUGUUUAUAAAAUCAUCUUAAAAUAUCUAGAAAUAUUCAUCCUUUAGAAUAAUGCAAUCAUAUCGUGUGUAUAUAUGUAUUUCUAUUCUUUAUAUUAUAAACAUGAUUGAAUGUCUAUUUACAUUAUUUUUGUAUAUAAAAUAACUAUAUGAAUAUACAUAUGAUACUUUUCUUUCUUUGAGCAAUGUCACGCUCUCUUACAAAAGUUUUCUCAAAAAGAUGUAUAUUUUAUCAAAGUAGAAGCGUGUAAAAUUUUUUUUCUACAAAACUAUAUAUUUAGAUACAAAUGUGUUUAUAUGUGCGCGCGCGUUUUAAUAAUUUUACAAAACUGUAUUUUCUCAUGUUUUUCAUUGUCUUAAAAAUUAUUCUUAAUAAUAUUGCACAGACGGUUUAUUUUGUCGUAAAUUAGAAAAAAUCUAAACAAGCACAUUUACAAAUGAUACUUGUUUUGGAUGUAAUUUAAUAACAAUUGAUAUUAAUUAAGUAGCACAAGUGAUGAAAUGACUGUAUCAAGUGCUAUGUGUGUUUACAUUGUUACAUCGCAUUAUUAAUCCACUAGUAAAAGACAAUAAAACUUAUCUCUCGGGCAGUCAGGGAAACUUAAAACAAAAUACAAUCA